AUGAACGCGACCCCGGACUGGUUAGACGCGCGUGUGACCAAUGCCGGGCUCGAAAGCAUCGUCUGCCGAUCCAUCGAUAGCCAGAAACCCCCGGAGCCCCGACGACGAGUCCUCAUUUCCAACCAAUAUGAGAAAAAAAUCGAUCUAAUUGAAGAGCGUCUGGCAAGCAUUGAAAAGACUCUCCAAGAGCUAGCCAAUAAUACAUCUGCUUCGAAGCCUGCGUCGCAUUUGACCCCUUCCCAGUUCCAUCCCUCGCCGAAUUCAACUCAAUCUCAGCCGCCAAAGCGGAGCCCCGCCAAGCCGAAGGGUCCAUUUUAUAGAGCCAAUCCUGCGAUCGAACAACAUGAUUCAAGCUCUGCAUUCGAGGGUAGCUCCUCCCUCAGCGCGCAUGGGGCCUAUGCAAGCGCUUUCUUAGAAUCGGCGGUCUCCAAAAGCUCGCCGCAGGUGCUGUCCAGCCCAAAGAUCAACGCGGCUCUUUCUUCCCUCAAGCAGAUUGUUGGAAUCCAGAACCAGCGACGAGAAGUUGAUUCACAGGGGGCUCAACUGAGUACUAAAAAUGCCCGAAUGGGUGUCAAGCGUGACAUCCGCGACCUCGAAAUGCCGCCUUUGCAGCUGGUAUUGCGCGUUCUCAGACAUAUAAAAGAAUACCCAUCUUCCUGUUUCGGCGGCUACAUGCCCUUCCUCGGGGUAGAAUAUUUCAUCGAGAAAUGCCGUGAAGUGUAUUUCUGCGCAGACGACUUCUCGGAUGCGGCAUUCAUCAUCACCAAUUUCUGCUUGUAUAGCAUCUUCAUCGAGCUGGUUGUAGCCAAAAGCGUUGGCUCCAUUGGGGAGGAAUGCCAGCAUUAUAUUGAAACCUGCCGUGACAACCUCGAGGCUGCGCUAGCCAGCCUCAAUAUCUUGAUGCCUGCAAACCAAGAAUCGAUAAUGGCGUUAUCUGUAGGAGCCAUGCAUGCGCUUGAGAUCUCCAAGCCAUCAGUCGGCUGGAACCUCGCCUCUACGGGUAUGCACCUGUGCCAGACGCUGGGGUAUCAUCGCCUGAGCUCAAUGGAGCAUGAGCCACUGCCUGUUCAACGCCAAAAGCAGCUCGUUUUCUGGUCGGUGUACACCAUAUUGAAUAUGAUGUCGUUGCGUCUGGGACGUGCCUGUCCAAUCCAAAAUUACGACAUCAGCCUGCCGUUGCCACCUGCUGAUGCACUUGAUAUUCCCGAGCCAUGGGGUCUUAUCUGCGUGCUGUGGACUAAAUCGGCCAUUAUCCAAAGUAAGGUCUACCAGUAUCUCUAUAGCCCGGAGGCACUACAACAACCCCAGAGUCAUCGAAUUGCACACGCAAAACAACUGGCCGCUGAGAUGCAAUCGAGCGUCAUGCAGCCAUUUGAUGACUUCUCGUCAUCGAAUUUGAAAAUCUCGGAAAUGGACCUCAUUUACCUCACUACGGACAAAGUUAGCAGGUUAUCAGUUCUCACGCUGAUAUACCGAGCAAUCCCAGCCCCACCAGAGUCGGGUGCCACCUUCAUUCCCGAAUGCAUUGAGACAGCGCGCGAAGCACUGGAAGUCCACCGGCAAUGCGGCGCUUUACUGAGCGAGUCUGAUGACUUUAUGAAAACCUCCUACAUGCACUGGGCCAUUCUCCUCUCCCCCUUUGUCCCGUUCAUUGUCAUAUUCUGCAAUGUGAUUACAACCUCCAACCGAGAGGAUUUGGCGCGUUUGGAAGAGUUCAUUGCUUCCCUUCAACCCCUCAGCUCUUUCUCCCAAUCCAUUGAUCGGCUCCACACCCUCUGCUCCAUCCUUGGGACCGUUGCCCGCCUAUACUUCGAAGCCAACACCCGACCCGAGACUGAUGCUGAGAAUUUCGUCCAGGUUGGCCAGGAAUUUGAUGCCUAUCUGGGUGCGCUUGGACUGCCUAAUAACUCCAUGGGUAGCAAUCCGGUAGGGUUGCAGCCUGGUGCUCCUGUGCAUACCCCGGACCCAGCGCAGCCUGUGCCUGGGUUCCCGGCCGAAUCGCAGGAUUCGGGGGCUGCACAGUUGGGCAAUUGGUUCUGGGGAAAUCAAUAUAUGAUGGGUCUGUUAGAGGAAGACCUAUCUCAAUUCAACCCUGGCUGGUAG